AUGGCCCCCAGGCCGAACCGUGACAUAACCGACUUCUUCAAACCAUUCGCCCAGCCAAAAGUCAAGCACACAACUGCCCGAGAGGGAAGGAGCGUGUCUGAGCCUCAAAACGCGCCUGCCACAGCCACCAAGGUGCAACAACAGCAACAGCAGAGUGCGCCUUCUGCUUCAUCCAUGCCAUCCAAAAGACAUGCCAUCCCAAGUGUUCGCGCUAUUCACGUUUUGCCAUCCAAAGAACCAAGAAUAGACGAUCCCAUUCCUACGCCAAUAUCUUCGAGUCCACCCGUGUACCAUGCACCUGCUUCACACAUCCCGCGAGAGCUGAGCCCUCUCACAUCGCACGAGUCCAGCCCCAGCCCUCCCUCGCCUCCGCCCACCCUCUCCAAGAAGCAGCCAGCUAUGGAUCCCUCCGUGUCUUCGUCGUCACUAUCCAGCCUUCCGAUUAGCUCUCAAUCAUCGAGUAAACGUAUCGUUCGAGACGGCAUGCUAGCUGUGACAAACUCGGACUCCGACAGUAUCGAUGCCGAUUCGGACCCCUUGGACGACAUCGACGAGUUGAUCCGACGAAAGCGCAUGAAGAUGACACCACCCACCACCUCUUCAGAGACACCUCAAAGCCAAUCCAAUCCUGCGCGCGAGUUGAGGAGUGCCACUCGUCGCGACAGGACAUCCACUACCAGAUCCAAGUUAGCUCAACCUCCCCGUAAGAAAUACAAGUUUAGUAUGGCUUCGCUGGUUGCCUCGCACAACAAAGACGCUCGGUCGAUGCAGAAAAUCCAAGAAUACGAGGAAGAAUACAGGCAAGAGAUGGAUCUUACAGCACGCCACGAGCAAGAGCUCAGGCAGGCGUCUGACAUGAAUGCUGCAGAAUUUGCCGCUAGGCUGCAGGCAGACGACGGCGACGAUGAGACGAGGGAACGCGUCGUGCGAGCUAUCGAGCGCAACGACGUCCUGGAAAAGAAGGUUCAGUACCCUUUCUUCAGACAUGCCGACCCUCGAGCACACCUGUCUAAGCCAUUCCCAACCGCGAGUCUUACCCUAGAAGACUGGACAAGCACAUUACAAGACCAGGACGCCAGGGAAGAAUUGUUCAGAUGUGGUUUUGUGGCAGAUAUGGCUCGCGUAUCCGCUCUACCUGAUGGACAUGUUCAAUGGAUGCUCUCCGAACUACUGCAGGAUCUCGAAGGCAGUCUGGCUAAUGCCUACGUGGAUGCCUUGGAGCAUUCGUUUUCCAACAACCCCUUCACAACCGUCCACCUGCGUAGACAAUUUCUUCUGCGAGCAGGUAGAGAGGAUCUCGAACUGGGUUUGUUUUCCAACAUGGCAACGAUGCCUCCUCCUGCUCACCAAAGACCUCACGUGGAGACGAUGCCUUUACAUGUCGACUGGGCAUGUGUGCUUUUGAGCAGGCUUGCGAUGAGACUGCAUGUUGCCGAAAGGAGGAGCUGGCUGGCACCUUUGAUGCUCUUGCUUGUGGAUCGGCAAGUGGAACAGAAACUUGAUACCCAGCUAGCUCUCCAAAGUUGUAUCGCGGACUUGCUCGAAGCCGAUUCUGGAUCUCAUAUCCGAGCCACAACAACCGAAAACGUUGGACAACGCAUUCGCGCACACAUAUCGAAUCCGAUCUUGAUUCAGCAUCUGAUCGGAUCUCUUCCCUCAUACAUGGGCGCCUCCCAUGUAUUCAAACGGCGAUUAGCGUUGGCAUCAUUCUUGAAGUCCAACACAUACCUCACUGACGACCUUGAGGACCCGGCGACCAUGAAUGUGUUAACGACGUGGCUGCACGAGAACAAGACAUUCAAGAUCAGAGACAACACCGACUUCCACAAAAUGGCAGCUCGAUUUGAUACGCUGGACGUAGCUAUCGGGGCUGGGUUGUCAAGAUUCGAGUUCUGCAGCGAGGCAACCACGAUUAAAACAGACAGUCCAGUCAACACAAGCACAGUGGCAUCGAGGUCAGCGCCGUCGGUAGAAGAGAGCAACUUCAACUCGGCCAUAGACGAGGUAGUGACAGAGUUGCGAUCGAUAGCUUUCAACAUCCGAGAUUCAGGAGCCACGCAUAUGCGAAGGACCGAGUGCAAGACAGCGAUCGAAAAGCUAUCUUACAGACUCGAGUUCGCAGCAAGGACCAGGCCGAAGCCCAAGAGAGGCAUAUUCGGCACGGCCGAGGGCACGAGCGAUGUGAUUAGAAGCUUUGUCACAAGACGUGAGCAGGACACGAAUAACGAAAACCGAGGCGGAGAGCAGUAG